ACUGGAGCAAAUGGAGGAACGACAGGCUUCCGACAAGGCCAAAGCGUUACCACUACUGCUUUUUGUCAAGACAAAGGACCCAUUCGACCUGGAUUUGACUGACAGCAGAUACCCUGUAGGAAAAUGGGACAUGGAUGCAGCUGGAGUUUCCUUCCUCAUCGUUCCCUGGGACAGGAGGUCUGCACACCUUGACACCAUCUUAAGGGCCUUCAAGGAUGCGACCUGUGAUGGUAAGAACAGCAAAGCUACGCUGGAGUUUCCCCGAUGCCUAACGGGCGACAUACGCAGUCACAUCUCAGGGAUGGCCAGGAAGUGUGGCCUGGGGGCUAGCAGCAGUGGGAUAGGGGACGAGCGUUUCCUGACAGUGUACACGUCAAAGAGCCAGGAGAAGAGAGCGAAGACCAAGACACCCAGUCUGACACCUCAGCAGGAGAGGGAGGCUAUGGACAUGUGGAGGAGCUGGAAGGAUGUCUGUGGGGAUAACAAGAGGUUCAGUCAGAAGGAGGUAGCAGAGAUGCUGAGUACAGGCCGGGUGGACCCCCAGCUGAGAUCUGUGUACCAGCAGUGGAAACAGCAAGGCAGGAACCUUCCUACAGCCAGGCAGCAGGGCACACGUACAGCUCAACAACUCUUCGACAACAUAGAGUGGGUGAAGCCUGAGUCAGGCCAGGUGGGACAGGUGUUCUACAAUAAAGUACACCUGUCAGAGUCAGGAGGUUCUACAGGUGGGGAAGGCAGCUAUUGGACCCCAGAAGCACCAGGCUCCACACUAGUGCUGUCCCAACUGGAGGCUAUCCCGACACAAGGGCUGACCCAUGCCAUUGUGUGCACAGACACCAGACUCUCUGAUGACUCCUAUGUGAUGAACUACUUUCCUCACUCUGUGGCACUCUCUGUCAUCUGCCCUUCUAAAGGCAGCUCUUCUAUGACACGGCAGAAGCUGGUGGACUGUCCCCAUCACCCAGCUGACAGGACCUCAGCAGGCUCCCCGUGUGACUGUACUGACAAGCGUGUGGUGGAAGUUAUCCACCCGAGAACCUCUCACAAACUCCACGCCAACUUCUGUGUCCUCAGGUAUGAGGCCCAUGUGCGUCUGCUUGUGACGUCGGCUGGGUUCAGUGAUCAGGCGUGGACCAGACAGGGUCAGCUGGGCUGGUAUUGUGACCUUCCACUGACCUUCUCCCCAGAGGUCACGCAGCAGCUAGUGUGGAAAGGUGAGGGGUUAGAGGACCCCCACCCUCUUGCCUCAGACCUGGGAUAUAUCCUGCACCAGUUGGAGGUUCCCCAGCAGACUGUCUGGUCUGUCCUUACCGGCACAGACUUCAGCGGAGUGUCAGAGUACCCCCACCCCCUUGCCACAGACCUGGGGUAUAUGCUGCAUCAGUUGGAGGUGCCCCAGCAGACUGUCUGGUCUGUUCUUACUGGCGCAGACUUCAGCGGAGUGUCAGAGUGUGUCAGGCUCAUCCCCAGUGUACCUGGCAGGGUCUGGCCGAGGGGCAGAGAGAUCUCCCACGUUGGACUGGUGAAGCUGUCAGAGCUGCUGUCACAGGUUCCCUGGCCUCCAGGAGAAGAUCCACCAAUGACCUACCAGACUCCCCGUGUGGAUUGCAUCAGUAACCUGUGGCUGCACAGUCUGUACAGCAGCCUGGCUGGCCAGGGGAAGGGGCUGUUCAACAGGACUGUUGGAAGUUCAAUCAGCUGUCUAAUGACCUACCAGUCUCCCCGUGUGGAUUACAUCAGUAACCUGUGGCUGCACAGUCUGUAUACCAGCCUGGCUGGUCAGGGGAAGGGUCUGUUCAACAGGACUGUCGGAAGUUCAAUCAGGAGAGAUCAUCUGCUUGAAGCUGUCAACCACUUACAGGUGGUUCACCCAUGGGGAGUUGAUAUGGACGAUGUUUCAAACCUACCUCCAUCUUCAAACGACAUCCACAUGUCAUGGGAUGGAGACAUGUGGAGUAACUUGUACGACUCAAGGCAAGGCAGCUACAGAAAGGUAGCCUGGAAUGCCAACACUGUUAUGAGGACCUGCUCCCUUUCUGAUAACAAAAAUGCUGGCCAGUAUGGUUGGCUGUUGCUAGGCAGCCACGCACUGACCUGCACCUCCUGGGGAGAGGUCAGGUCAGAGGUCAGGUCGGGUCAAAAGUCAUCCCAUGACCCCUUCUACCUGCAGCAUAGCUGGCAGCUCAGUGUGGUCAUACUGCCUCGGCUGACCAACAAGCAAGGUGUGAGUAAGCUGGUAGCACCAGACCUGAGCAGGUGGGACCUCCCAGGUAAGGCUGCCCACCUGUGCAGGUGUCCCCCAGGUGGGCUGCCUGUGCCCCUGCUCCUUAAGAUGCAGCAGAAGGAUAAGAAGUUGUGGCACCUGACGGGACAGGUGAAGGAAGUGUGGCGGAACGGGACGACUGCGGUGGCUCUUAAGGUGCCCGGCGAGGUGGAAACACCCUCCAAGCUCCCGUUAGAUGAGUGGCCCGGUCCAGAGGCAGGGUAUGAAGCCAACCUUCACAUCAACGUGGCCCUGCAGUGUGGACUGGACCAAUUCCCGCCAAAGGGGUGGAUGGUGGACAUGUUGGCCUGUGUGAGCCGGUCCAGGGAUUUAAGACUACCAUACCUGCGUGUUGUGGCAGUUCUACACACCUGGAAAGGAGAGGAACAGCCCGGCCGUUACUGUAACGUCCCAAACUGUUACCAACACGGACCUAAACACCCUCAGUUUACUGGGGUGGAGAGGCACCCCCAUGAGUUUGUAGUGGUCGGUCUGGACCUGGACCCCGAGGAACCCCUCCGUGAGACCUACCCCGACCCCAAACCCCCUCCCGGACGGGAUCGCCUGAUUGGUCGGCUCCAGAGGGCGAACCCGAGCCCGUACCCCCCACAGAGCGGCCCCGGGAGUAAGCAGGACUAUAGUCUGGAGAUAGAGGCUGUGUGGAGGAGGUACUUCACAGGGAUUUAAGAGUAACACGGUCGCUAUGUCAGAGGUUGACCUGGGCAUUCUGUAUUAGUGUACUCUCCAAAGACUAUUCUUUUCAGACUCUAAAUCUUGUGCACAAGGACAAGAAGAGAAAAUCUAGCUUUAACCUUGUCCCUGCAGAGGUAGCCUUUUGGCAUCAAACUUGUGCUUGUGAGAGGUUUAGGCAGCAAGAAGGUUAAACUCACAGGUGUUAUUGACAAAGAACUAUAUGUCUACAUAAAUACAUGUACUAGUAUAUAGGCAAAACAUACUGUGUGGCAGAGGUACUUCACAGGGAUUUAACGCUAUCCCUGCAGAGGUAGCCUUUAUGCACCAAAUUUGUUCGUGAGAGGGUUAGGCAGCAAGGAAAAUGACACACAGGUAUUAUGUGAGGGUUGGACUAGUUUCUACCAGACAACAUUGGCUGUAGGGCAAACUCUUUGCAAGGGGAGCUUUCAUGAUUAUUUGCCCAAGUAGCACAAGUAUAGUGGCAUGUGAAAAUGUAACCCCAGUCACUGUGAAGUAUUUUUGUUUUCUUUCUUAGUUUAGAUUAGAAGUUUACUUAGAUUAGAAGUGAUUCAAGUUAUAUAGUUACAUAGUAAAAAGAAACAUAGUUUGAUAUCUUCAAAGUCUUUAUUUUCUGUAUACCUCUCCAAGUUACGUAAAGAAAAAGUCUAUUUUUGUAGCACUGUUACUUUGAAAGAAAGAGAUGAACUGCAUGUGUAUACAGCUGAGCUUUCUUAGCUAAUAUGUAGCAAGAUUUUCUUACUGUACAUGUUGAGAAGAUGAUAC